GGUCACACUUAUGUAGACUGCGCAUCACCGCGAGUGCCACCGAGGCAGCCUGGCUUCGUCCAGUGAGCACUCGGUGGUCGAGAGGCGCGCACGCCAGCUGUCACAUAUAUCAUGGGUGUUGCUAUUGCUUGAAACUGCUGAUUUCAAGAUAAAGUUAUGGCUAUGUUCACGGUACUCGCUCUAUACCUGCUGGCGUUUGGUCUGGCGCACGGAUUCAAUGGAGACAGCUUCGAGCUGGAAUGUCCGGAUGAAUGUGACUGCCACUACUUCAGAAUCAACUGGGUGACGGACUGCUCUGAAAGCAAUCUGACCGAAGUUCCUUAUGAUGAGCUCAGCAUGAGCGUGUACAUCCUGGAUCUCAACGGAAACAACAUCACUACGCUAAAGACAUUCCCUGCAGACAUCAAGAUGCGGAGGCUGCAGAUAGCCAACAACCGGCUCGCCAGGGUCGACAAGGAUGCCUUCAAGGGUUUGGAGUAUCUCAUCGACGUUGACUUGUCCGGAAACAACAUCAGCUAUGUCGAUCCAGAGGCUUUUCUAGACUCCCGAGGCCUUCUCAACGUCGAGCUGCAAGACAACCCGAUAACCGUCGUGGAGGGGCCGUUCCUCAUCUCCAGCACUCUGCAGUUCCUGGACAUCAGCUCCUGCAACCUGUCCACUAUAAACCCGCAGUUCUUUGACAACAUCACCUCUUUAUCGACAGUGGACCUUUCAAACAACCCUCUCCAAACUCUAGAGGGAAGCGUUUUCGACGCUCUGACUAGUUUGGAAACUCUCAAACUGAACGAUUGCAAACUCACCAGUGUCGCUGAAAACGUAUUUUCAUCAUUAAUUAAUUUGAAGUUUUUGGAACUCGCAGGCAACCAAUUAGCGAACACUGACUGGCCAGAAGUAUUAGGGAAGCUGGCCAGACUCGAAUAUCUAAACUUAAGGAAAACAGGAAUAACAUCGCUGUCGGAAGACGCAUUCUCAAAUUGCACUAAUUUGGUCUCGCUAAUAUUGGCUGAUAACGAAUUACGUGAUUUGGACGUUGCCGCUACAUUGGGAAGCAGCGUCGAUCAUCUAGAAUUUCUGGAUCUUUCCAAUUGCAAAAUUAAAGGACCCAUUUCAGGGGAAGCAUUUGCAAAUGCCACGCGACUGAAAUCACUUUAUCUUUCAGGCAAUCCCCUAUUUGCUCCAGAUUUACAAGAAGCACUCGAGCCGUUGCCAAAACUUGAAAAACUGUUUAUGAGCAAUUGUGGUUUGAGAAAUCUACCCGACAAUUUCAACGUUUUCGACAAUCUCCAAGAGCUGGAUAUAUCACAUAACCCUCUUGUAAAUGUAUUUACGAAACUCUUGGCUCCUCUUGAAAAGUUGGAAUACCUCAACAUGGGUUACAGUAAUCUGUCUUACAUAGGACCCGAUACGUUUUCCAAAAUGACAUCAAUGAAGAGGCUUGUUUUAUCUGGUAACGAUCUCUUGUCAUUAGAAGCCGGUCUGUUCGGCAAUUUGACACAGUUAACUACUUUGGAGUUAGAAUUUUGCGGACUGAAAAGGCCUUUAAACGCAAACGCGUUCUUCAAAAACCUAACGUAUAUGGACCUUCGAGAAAUCAGACUUGGUGGUAACCCACUUGUGAUUCCUGAAAAUGGACCGGUGUUCCCUAAACAACUUUCACAAGUUUCAAUCCUCGAUAUGAGCGACUGUAAUAUAACUUCGUUACAUGCAGAUGCUUUUAUGAAUACUGAGAAUAUUACUGACUUAAACCUGUCUGGCAAUAAGAUCAAGUCGGGCGAUAAAAGCUUAUUAUUUUUAGAGAGACUAGAACAUCUCGAAAAGAUCAACCUCAGUAACAACAAUCUCACAACAAUAGAUCCGGAAGUAUUCAUACACAAUCCUAAACUUCAUUCAUUGAAUUUGAUUGGCAAUCCGUUCCGUUGCGAUUGUAAGAUCGCCGAAAUGUGGGACUGGGCGAAUAUGAUAAAGGGCAAUCUGGACGUCCUCAUUGGAGCCAAAAGCGCAGAGAGAGACAUCGUGGUGAAGGGUAACAAGAAGAAGAAGCACUUGUACUGUCAUUACAACGAGACUCAGCUGCGCAACAUGACUAUUGCAGUAAAUAAGACAGUUCCUGGAAGGAGGCCUUUCAUGAAGCCCAGAGAAUUGACGUUCGCCAACCGCACGUGGGCCAAGUACGUGAGGGAGUCCGGAUGUGAACCAGUUGUCAAGAUCCUACGACCUGUUGCGUUGAUGGCUAGUAUCCUCCACAUUAAUGAUGGAAAGUUGUCAACUGGUUUCUUGAUUAUGGCAGCCCUUGCGGUAGCCAUGGGCGUGGCGACCGCGUUGAUGACUUACAGACUAUUUCGCAAAAAUAACUUUCAAGAAGUCGAUACAGAGAGAACUCGAAAGCAAAGAUAGCAGUCAAAUUGAUGAAUUGUUUUCUAUUUGAAGUUUACAUCAAAAGCCAGUCGGCUUGCCAGCCACGUAUGUUUUAUAAGUAAAGUUCUUUAUUUUUUUACUGUUAUAAUGCAUCAUAGGUACGUGAAAUAUUUGGUAGAAAGUUGGACAGAUAUUUAACAGGGCUAAUAUUCAUAAGAGCAUUAUUGUUGACUUCGCUCUAGUACCUAAUUUUGCAGUAGGUAUAAAAUAAGUUUGAUCCUCGCCUUGAGUGAGCCUUUAGAUUUAGAAUUACAUGUAAGUAUCUAUACCGAUGACUUUAUUUAUUUAAAGGUAUACGAUGCGGAUUAUGGACUAGUCAUGUUCACACGGAACUAAUAAAAAAUAUUCAUCUUCAAAAUGAUUUAUGAAUUUAUAACCCUUGUAAUUUGCUAAUACCAUCAGUGAAUAAACUUUUGUAAAAA